CGGCGCACAUACGCUCGAAAUAACAACGUACUCUCUCGUCUAUAUUUUGAGAUUCGCGCUGUGGGACCGGAAGCGUUUGCCGAAAGCACAGCGAGUGGUGUCGUUCGUCCAUGCGGUGUGAUCUCGCGGUAUUGCGCCAGUGGUUGUUCCAAUGGUCUACAACGGCCCCGGUCUAUUGUCUCUUCAAUCAUCACUCGAUUCUUGAUCUGGCAAUCAUGCUGAGGUAUAUUCUUUCAUUGAUGCCAUGCCGAUGCACAUGCUUGACGGGUUGGCGUCUUCGACCCUCUCGAAUUUGUUGCCAGUCAGGACAAUCAGAACGGAAAGCCCCGACCUUUGAAAAAGCCGGGACAAACCUGCCUCAAACCGCAUUGGAAGCUGUCUAUUCUGGAACCCCCACCAACCACCAUUUUCUCGUUGUAAACAAAACAACCAGAAGGCGAAGUAUCAGACAGGUGAGACGGUUCGCGCGAUUUUCCCCAAUUUCUUGCCAAACUUGGCAUAUAUUGCUCAUAAAAGUAUUUUAACUUGAACUUUUGGUACACGAUGGGGACACUCUACGACAUGGUAAUAUCCAGACACGCGCAGUUGUAGUUCUUGUCUUGCUUUCGGGCGAGUGAUCUUAAAUUCGGCCAGUAAGGUAGGUACAGGUACAUGGUACAUAGUCCCAUGGGACCAAACGAGGAUUAUUAACAUGAAGUUAUGCAGCCUCCAUAGCGAAAUGGUACACAGUGCAUGCAGCGCC